AUGCCUACCACAAUCCUGAUCACGGGUGGAAACCGCGGGCUUGGCAAAGGACUCGUAGCUACUUACCUAGCUACCCCUGACACCACAGUGAUAGCGACGGUCCGCGACCCGUCAAAGUCUGAAUUUCUGUCUGCUCUUCCCAAGGCCUCGGGAUCAAGCCUGUUUAUCGUCAAGCUUGAGAUAGUGUCUGCAGACUCUAUAGCCACCGCUAUAGAUACGUUGAAGACACACAACCUUGAUUCUCUCGACGUUGUCAUUGCAAAUGCUGGCAUCUCUGGCCCGACCCAUAGUCUGGUUGGGGCCCCCGUCUCUGAGCUCCAAAAGUACAUUGACGUGAAUGCAUACGGCCCGUUCCAGCUAUUCAAAGCUGUGCUCCCUCUUCUACGCUCUUCCACUGCGGGAAAAAUGGCGAAAUUUGUCUUGAUCUCGAGCGCCGGCGGAAGUCUGACGGAUAUGUACAACUUCAUGCCUAUCCCUGCGUACGGAGCGAGCAAGGCCCUAGCUAAUUUUCUUUUCAAAUGGCUGGCACUGGACAAUAAGGAUAUGAUUAUUUGGGCACAGAAUCCUGGAAAUGUGGACACCGACAUGGCUCGGGAUGGUCUUGACCUCGCAAAGAGUUUAGGCUUCGAUAUGUCUUCAGUGUGCUUUACUCCUCCCGAAGAAAGUGCGCGUGCAAUAAAGAAAGUGAUUGACGGUGCGACUGCCAAGACGAAUGGGAAGUUCCUCGAUCAUGAUGGCUCUGAGUUGGCAUGGUAG